CUUUACCUCCUUAACGACCAAGGAAUUAUCUUCUACUUAAUAGGAAACUUCCACAUAUAUGGUCCAUAGUACUUAUAUUAUUAGUUCUAUUGUUAGAAAUAAAUAGAACACAAACAAAGAAGGGAAGAUAGAAACUCAAGACCUUGAGAGAUAUGGGAGCUGAUUGGGGGCCAGUAAUUGUUGCUGUUGCUUUGUUCAUUGUGUUAUCACCAGGAUUGCUGUUCCAAUUUCCAGCAAGGUUUAGGUGUGUGGAAUUUGGUAACAUGAGUACUAGUGGAAUUUCUAUUUUGAUUCAUGCUAUUAUAUAUUUUUGUAUACUUACCAUCUUGAUUGUUGCAAUUGGUAUUCAUGUACACUUUAACUGAAUCAAAGUUUGCUUUGUUAUACUUGAGAAUUUUUCUUACCUAUUUUGUAUGGUUUAAUGGGCUAUUCAGAGGGAAAAAGAGCCAGGAGAUUAGACAUCUUAUUUAGUUAUUUGUUUGGAAUCUUGAUAGAGACAAUGGAAAACUGAAAAUAAAUUUUGUAUUAAUAAAAUGGGAAAGAUCGUUACAUUAA